AUGAAGCUUCUGGUCUCUGCGGAGGAGUCAGGUGCUCUUAAGGAGGUCGUUUGCGUCAAAGGAACAGACACUUCCAAGCAACAUGCGCCGCAGCCGACAUCCAUAAAAACGUACUGCCAGGAAACAAGGAAUACCAAGAUCCAGCACUUUAUUCUAUACGAGAAUUACGUGGUUGCAGCUAGACAAGGGGGAAGCAUAUGUAUAUACAACGCAGAGGAUGAAUACGCGGAAGUGAAAAAAUUAGACAAUCUUUCUGCCUCCGCAGAUGACGCUUUUGUGUCUCUUUUUGAACUUGGCGACAAAAUAUAUGCUUGUACGGAAGCCGGCAACCUCAGUAUCAUUGAGCCCGAAAAGUGGAAAUAUAGUGUGGUCAAGCUCAAGGGGCCGAUCAGCACUUUUUGUGGAGAUGUAUCAAGACCAGGAAUAUUUGCAUAUGGAGGAAAGGAAACCGACCUCACUGUCAUUAAGCUGGAUACCAUGGAGGUUGUGUUUAAAGGCAAGAAUGUUCCAAAUAACAAUCUAGACUUGCGCGAGCCAAUCUGGAUCUCGAAAGUAGCGUUUGCUACAGAUGCGCAAGACGAACCGGACGUCUACAAACUAGUUACAGUCACAAGGUAUGGUCACGUGAGAUAUUACGAUUCGACCAAGGGCCGUAGGCCUGUUCUCAAUUACAAGCUUUCCGACAAGCCGCUGAUCACCAUGGCAAAGCUCAACGACUCGGAGAUCGUGUGCUCCGACACGCACGUUACGACCGCAAAAUUUAAUUUCAAGAAUGGCAGCAUGCUCGGGAAGUUCCAGGGUGCCGUGGGAUCGAUCAAGGCAGUCCAUGUUCUGAACAACGUCCUCGCCACCGGCGGACUCGACAGAUAUGUCCGGUGCUUUGAACUCGGCUCCAGAAACACCAUUGCCAAGGUCUAUAUGGGCACUCAAAUUAGCGACGUUUGCUUGGUGGAAGCAGACGAGGAGCAGCCAGAAGAGAAACUCCAGGAAGCAAAGCCUAAGGCCAAGGAGCAGGAAGGCCUUGAACAAAAGAGCGAAGACGACGAGUCGAGCGACGAAGAGGAAAUGUGGCAAAAGUUGCAGACCUCUCUAGCUGAAAAGAGAAAGAGACGGAAACUCAAAUAA